AUGAACCACUUUUUACGCAUCGCUUUACGCAGGACCACCUCAAGAGGUACAACAUUCUCUCACCAUGCCACUCCCUUUGAAAAACAGGCAGCGGCAUUACUGAACAGUACUAUUAUCACACAUAAUUACAGCCACCAUAAUUCCAACUGUUUCUCCACAUCAGCACCCACCCAAAAUGCUAUAAACAACAUUACAGUCUACGGCUCAGGCUUAAUGGGUGCAGGUAUAGUGCAAGUAGCCGCCCAAAACGGGUACAAGGUAACCAUGGUAGACCUCGACGAACAAUACCUGCAAAAAGGCCGCGACAUUAUCCACGCAUCAUUGGUACGUGUCGGCAAAAAAUUGUACAAAGACAACGAAGCGAAACAAAAAGAACUAAUCGAGUCGACGUUCGCUAACAUUACCACCAGUACAGACUCGUCAAAGUCGGUCAAGGCAUCUGAUCUUGUUAUUGAGGCAAUAGUGGAAAAUAUCGAUAAAAAGCGGAAAUUAUUUUCGACGUUGGAUAAAGAGGCACCAGAGCAUGCGAUUUUCACGUCGAAUACAUCAAGUUUACCUAUUUCGGACAUUGCUCAGGCGACAGCACGACCUGAGAAAUUUGCGGGUCUGCAUUUUUUUAACCCGGUGCCGCAGAUGAAGUUGGUUGAAGUGGUGAGGACAGAUAAAACGAGUCAGGAUACGUUUGACACCUUGACUGAAGUCACGAAAAAGAUGCAAAAGGCACCGGUAGCAUGCAAGGAUACUCCUGGAUUCAUUGUCAAUCGACUUCUUGUGCCCUACCUAAUGGAAGCUAUGCGUGUCGUUGAACGUGGUGAAGCAACUUUUCAAGAUGUCGAUACUGCAAUGAAACUGGGAGCUGGAAUGCCAAUGGGCCCUUUUGAGUUAUCAGACUUUGUCGGAUUGGACACUCUCAAAUUCAUCGUCGAUGGCUGGCGAGCAGAUGGAAAGGUAGACGCAAACUUAGUUGCGUCUGUCAAACUGCUUGACGAUCUCGUCGCUGCCGGUAAUCUUGGACGAAAAACUGAGAUGCAAGUUGUAGUUCCUCCCUUUAAAAUAGAAUUUAGAUUCACUCAUCGUGACAUAUUAGAGAAAAGCAACGAAUCAAACCAUCAUCGUGCUCUCGAAUUCGAGUUGCACCAGACAAAUCUGGCUGCUGUCGCUAUACAUUAUUUCAAAUUGGUCAACGUGAAAAAAGACAACUUGAAAAAAUAUAUUAUUUAUUGGCAUCAUCGUUAA